AUGUCCGCUGCAGCCGCCUCUGUUAGUUCCUUUGUUUUGGUUCUUCUCACUCUUUCUCUUCUCCCCAUCCUUUGUUUCUCUCAACCAGCUGCCGUACCCCUCCUCAAGUUCAAGAAAUCGCUGAAGAACGGCGAUUCGAAGUUGAAGAAUUGGAUCCCAAACUCGUCACCUUGUCGGAGAAAGUGGGUUGGCGUCAUGUGCGAAGGUGAAACCAUCAUCGGUCUCCAUUUGACGAAUCUUGGCCUCUUUGGUUCGAUCGAUAUCGAAGCUUUAUCUCAGCUUCGUAGCUUGAGAACCAUCCGUCUGGUGAAGAACGCCUUCACCGGGCCGAUCCCCGAGUUCAAUAAACUCGAGGGUUUAAAGGCUAUUUACUUAUCAAACAAUCAGUUUUCCGGCGAGAUACCGGAUACAUACUUCGGAUCGAUGGGAAAAUUGAAGAAGGUAUGGCUGAAUGAAAACAAGUUCUCCGGGAAUAUCCCAAGCUCAUUGAUGCGACUAUCCCACCUCGUGGAAUUGCAUUUAGAAGGGAAUCAAUUUUCCGGGAAAAUCCCGGAGCUGAAAUAUCCUGAAGUUAUUAAAUCACUUGAUUUAAAGGGUAAUCAACUCGGAGGGAACAUCCCGGAAAGUAUGUCCAAGUUCAACGCUUCCACAUUCGAAGGGAACGUUAGGCUUUGCGGGGAGCAACUUAAGAAACGCUGCGCUCACCAUCCACUUUCAGAUAAAUCAACUUCGCCUACCAUCCCCACCUUAAUCGUCAUCUCCGUGACUCUUGUCGUCGUGUUUUUUUUGGUGGUCGCCGGCAUUGCUUCGACCAUGAAGGAAAAAGAUGAUGAUUUGAGGAACCUGAGUAAUUCUAGGGAAACUUUAAGGAAUGUCCACGUUGUGUCCGGCUCGAUUCGACAGACGUCAAUAAAGUCGAAUAGAAAAAGUAGUUCAAAUAGUCUGAGCUUAAAGAUUAAAAGAGGGUCGUCACAGAAAAGAAACAAGAAUAAGAUGGAUGAUUUAAAAAUGGUGAACGAGGAAAAAGGUGCCUUUGGGCUUGAAGAUUUGAUGAAGGCGGAUGCGGAAGUGCUCGGAAACGGCAAGUUGGGCUUAGCAUAUAAGGCUGUGCUCGAGAAUGGAUUGGCCGUGGUGGUGAAGAGGAUGAAGGAGAUGAAUAAGUUGGAGAAAGAUAGAUUCAAAGUUGAAAUAAAACGAUUCGGGGAAUUCAAGCACCCAAAUGUUUUAACGCCAUUAGCAUUCCAUUUUAGAAAAGAAGAGAAGCUUAUUAUUUCGGAACAUAUGUCUUGCGGUAGCUUAUCAUACGCCUUACACGGGGACCGAGGAUUGUUCCAUGGAAGAUUAAACUGGCAAAACCGUUUGAAGAUCAUCAAAGGAAUCGUUGAUGGACUUGGUUACAUCCACACACAGUUAGCAACCUACGUUGUUCCCCAUGGAAACCUCAAAUCCAGCAAUGUUCUUCUGACCGAAACCUAUAAUCCACUACUAAGCGAUUACGGCUUCCACCCGUUCGUAAACUCCGACAACAUCGUCCGAGGAUUGUUCGCUUACCGUUCCCCGGAAUGUCUCCAAAACCAACAAUGUGCCUCUCCCAAAUCCGACGUUUAUUGUCUCGGCAUUGUCAUCCUCGAGACUAUGACUGGUAAGUACCCUUCGCAAUAUUUGAAUGAUGGCAACGGUGGAAUCGACGUCGUGCAAUGGGCACAAUCAUCGAUAUCAGAGAACCAUGGCGAAGAGUUGAUUGAUCCCGAUAUAUUAUCAAGCGGUCCGGCUUCAAUUGAUCAGAUUAUCAAAAUCAUCCAAAUCGGAGUUGCUUGCACAAAAAGUAAUCCUGAUCAACGAUUAAGCUUGAACGAUGCUAUUAGUAAGAUUCAAGAGGUUAAUUAA